AAGAUUUAGGUUUAGUUAGUGGCGUUAGCGUCAUUAAAAUGAGCGUCAUUAUUUUUUUUCAAUUAUUUUAGAUUUAAAAAAAAAAAAAAUUUAUUAUUAAUCUAUGUGGUAUUUUGAUUGGUAACAAGAGGAGAAGUAAAUUUAAAGGUUCACCUUUCAACUAUAUAUUUUUUUUUAAAUAUGGAUCGUGUGUGUGUUAAGUCGCACCAUAUUCUCUGUGUUAAUACACGUUGAGAUGAAAAUUAAGGAGUGGGGGCAAGGUAACUGAAUCUCGGAACUGUAAACGUGGCUUGCUCUCUCACUCUCCAUUGGUUCUCUGUGCCGGCAACAACUAAUCAGUGUUCUGUCUUAAAGAUCUUCUUCUCUGUGAAUUCCAUUAUAAGAUCACCGUUUCUUCUACAUCUUUAGAGAAAAAUGCCGAGCAAGUGCGAAAUCUUGUGCGAGAUCUUGAUCGCUAUCCUUCUUCCUCCUCUGGGAGUUUGCCUCAGGCGUGGAUGUUGCACUGUGGAGUUCUUGAUUUGCUUGGUCCUGACUCUCUUAGGCUAUUUCCCUGGCAUAAUAUACGCUCUUUACGUGAUUGUGUUCCAGAACAGAGAUGAGUAUUUUGAUGAAGCUAGACGCCCGCUCUACUACUCAACUUGAUAUUUGUUUGUUUCUUUGAAACUGUUAAACUCUUUGUACUUAAUAAGUUGCUUUGUAAUGUGUUUACGUGUGUAUUGAAGAAAACAUUGUGU